AUGUCAGCUACAGACUUCUACAAGCGAAAUGGAUGCUUCAAGCGUUGUCCUGGUGGGUUCUCGGUCCAGGCAGCUCGCAAUUAUAACCAUCGCCAUGACGGGCCGACUGAUUAUGCCAAAUGCGUUCGCAAGUACAAGAUUGGCGGCACGGCGCAUACGCCAUUUGUUUACAACCAUCAAAGAGGUUGUGUAUGUCGACGUAAAAAAAGAAGCCCAGUUGAUUUCUCCACGGGUCCGAAUACGCAAGGAAACAUCCGGAUUGCAGCUGAAAUAUCCGAGCUGCAUGAAGUGAAUCAGGACCCGGACGAUGGGAUGACGAUGGUUCCUUCGCAAGACAUCCAAAACGACACGGAAUACGCAUGUCCGGUGACUAUCGGGACACCAGGUGAAACCUUGACACUUGACUUCGACACAGGUUCGGCAGACCUGUGGGUCUGGUCAUCUCAGGCCCGGGUAAGCAAGGCCGAUAUGAAAGGACGUGGGAUUUAUGACCCCAAGAAAAGUCGAACCUCCAAGAGGCUACGUGGUCAUACGUGGGAAGUGCGAUACGGUGAUGGAUCGAGCGCAUCGGGAGUGGUGUACAUGGACACGAUUGUUAUUGGCGACAUUACGGUUGAAAAUCAAGCUGUUGAAGUGGCAAGAGAGUUGAGCGAUGAUUUUCUACAAGCUGGGUGUGAUGGAUUGGUUGGGCUAGGGAAAUAUCAAGUCCCAAGAUUAAAUCAGGUUCGACCCAAUAGACAGAAAACGCCAAUGGAGAAUAUGGUGGAGCAAGGUGUCAUAAAAGAUCCCAUAUUCACAGUCAAGCUUGACAAACGUGACUCGAGGGGGUUCUAUACAUUUGGGUUUAUUGAUGAGACGGUGCACUGUAGCAAAUUCUACUGGCAGGAUGUAGACAAAGAAAACGGCUGGUGGGAAGUUCCUUCUGCUUACAUCAAGAUUGGGGACCAAAUUUACAAUCGGGGGCAAGAAAAUACCGCUAUAAUCGACACUGGGACGACGCUGGUAUUGCUUGAUGACGAGACCGUCGAGAGAUUGUACUCUAAGAUCGAAGGGCAGCAUAUGAUGAGGACCAAGGCACGUAUUUGGUCCUAUCGCUCAAAGAUGCACUCUAAAAGUUUCGAAUAUGAAGGCGGAUACAUCUUUCCAACCAAGUCUGAUAUUCCACAUCUAGCUUUUUGUGUUGGAAGAUGGCUAUUCACUAUGCCCGGGUAUGAGCUCUCGUUUUCGGAAAUGGGGAAUGGAAUGUCGUACGGGGCCGUCCAAAGUCGGGGACAGAACCGGCAGGACAUAUUAGGAGAUGUCUGGCUGAAGCAUGUUUACGUUGUGUUCGAGCAGUCUGAAAAACCACGGGCGAACGACAUUCAGAACGAUACCGAGUACGCAUGUCCGGUGACAAUUGGGACACCUGGGGUUACUCUCACAUUGGAUUUUGAUACUGGAUCAUCAGAUUUUUGGGUGUGGUGUUCGGAGUUUCGAGCAACCCGGGCUCAACUUGAAGGUCACAAAGUCUAUGACCCUCAUAGGAGCAAGACGGCCGAAUCACUUCCAGGUGCAACAUGGAAGAUUAGUUAUGGAGACGGGUCGCAUGCAUCUGGGGAUGUUGUGAUGGAUACGAUAUAA